AAUGAGGGAAUAGCGAAACCUUCAGAGUUAAAAUUAUCACUGAUCAAAAAUAGAAUCUAAGUAAGAUUGCCCGGAGUCCCUGAGCCAAACGUUUGGCCAGAAGAUCCAUCUUGUUAUGGAGGAGCCGACGGGAAUGUAGUGUGACAAACACUUAGAAGAAAGAAAAACAUCAGAAGAAUUCAUAGGACGUUUGUUCUUAUACGACUGCUACGCAGAGGUUACAAGGAUGGCUGGUGUCAAGUCUCGCUAUGAGCCCUUACCUGUCCAUGACCUACAGCGACUUCUCUGGAGUCACAGAUCAUCCACAGGACAUGUCAACCAAGUAUGGCCAAAACUAUACCUGGGAAAUGCGUUUACUGCCAGGGAUAAGUCUGUUCUUCGUGAGCUGGGGAUCACCCACAUACUGAAUGCUGCCUCCGGAAAGUACCGCAUUAACACAGGACCAGAGUUCUACAGAGAUCUUAACAUUGAUUACUUAGGAGUGGAGGCAGAUGACCGUCCUUAUUUCGACUUGAGCGCUCACUUCUUUCCAGCAUCACAGUUUAUAAGGGCCGGACUGCAAUCUCCUAAUGGCAAGGUGUUGGUGCACUGUGCAAUGGGGAUCAGUAGAGCCGCCUCCCUUACUCUUGCUUUCCUAAUGAUCUCUGAAGGGUUGAGUUUAGUGGAUGCUAUACGCACAGUGAGUGAGCACCGAGACAUCUGCCCCAACCCUGGCUUUCUUGAGCAAUUGCGUCAACUGGAUAUAACACUGGAGGCCAAGAGAAGAAGCCGGAGAGAAUAGUUUUUUAUCUCUAUCGGGCAAAACAGAUCUACUGCUUAUUUUUAAAGGAUUUCAGUCAGAUUUAUUUAAAAUGUCAUUCUGAUUUUGUUCUGAAGGUUUUCUAUACUAUCCUUUUUAUAUUGACUGCUCAAUUUAUUUUCAGAAUCAGAAGCCCUGCACGGGGAUGAGGUCAGAACAUUGUUGGUCAACCUUAAAGUAUUACUAAACU